AUGACUGGUCAGAUGCUCUUCGAAACGUGUCACUUCCUGCCGCUCCCGCCCGCUCCAACGGUAAGUAAUCAUGAGGUAAUCAGGCUGACUUUCCUCCCUUCCUGACAUCAUAAUUCCGAGCUUUUUCAGUAUCGCGAUGCGCUGACGUCAUCCUGCUCGGACCUCAUCGAGACCGUUCUGGCCCUCCACUCCAACACUCUGGUCAGUGGUUUUCGCCCCGAAAUAGAUGUGAUUCUCUGGUCUAUCGGGGUGAUAAAAUGACGAAUUGGAGAGGUGAUAAGAGGUUGGGAAACUCAUUAAAAAGUGUCUCGGAGAGCGAAAAAUGUGGGAAUGGGAAAUUGGAAAUUGAAAAUCAAAAGUUAGAUUCUGACGGGAUUUGAAACUGUGCCUCAGAAGCCAUCAGACUUGAAGAGCUCUUUUCCUGGACUUCUGACCCACACGCAUUCAUCCGAUUCGGCUCUCAAUUUGCUCUAUUCUCAAUCUUGGUACUGCGCAUCUUCAGUAAAAGUUUCGGCCCGAUUGGAGCAUUAG